AUGUUUUAUAACACAGGGUUUAUCGUUUUUAUUCUCCCUCUUGUCGCAGCGCGCGUGAUAGAGGAUUCUUCUCUGGCCGGCCGGGCAAGCUACUCUUUCAACAACCUCGUAGCGUACGGUGAUGAACUCAGCGACAACGGCAACGGCUCUUUCGCACACGGUAUCACCGGGGAUCCAGCCACCGUCUACGGCUUCGGAACAUGGACCAACGGCCCGGUCGCCGUGUCCUAUCUCUCCGAUCUCCUCCGCGUUCCCUUGACGGACUACGCGUUUGGCGGAUGCUGUGGCGGAAGCGACUUUGGGGCGACCUUUGACAACGCGUACACCAAGUCCAAUGCCGGGGCGACAGAUAUGAUCGGACAGGUUGCCAACUACACUGGUCGCGGCGCCCCAGGUAUCCGCUCCUCCCUGCAGUUUUUGUGGUUUGGCGAGAACGAUCUCAGCCUACACACCGACGCCUUUUGGCUUGGCGACCCAAAGAACGCGCAAUUUGCAAACGACGCGGCAGCCAAGAUCACCGUGCAGAUCAAGACACUUAUUGAAACGGGUGCGCCAUACGUCAUGGUCGCCAACAUCUACCCGAAGCAUCUCGCCCCGGUGACACCGAAGUACCUCUGCGGUGCCAACGCCGACUGCGUCGAGAACUGGGGUCAGGUCAUCCAGCAAGCAAACGGGGCCAUCCAGAAGAGCCUAGGGCAGUUUGGCGAGCAGGUUAUUUACUAUGAUGUGUUCAGCUUCAUGGUGCAGAUACUGGCGAACCCCAAGGCAUUUGGCUUCCCGAAGCCGCUGAACCUCUUCUGCGAUGGAGAUGAGACUGCCCAAUGGACGGAUUGCAUGGUUGACGGGCAUGCCAACGAGUAUUUUUGGAUGAAUUUCAUUCAGCCGACGAUCGCUGUACACAAACUGAUUGCUCAAGAUAUGAAGAAAACCAUUGAUGCCCACUUUUCUUGA